AUGGGGCUGCGCGCGGGAGGAGCGCUGGGCAGGGCCGGGGCCGGGGCCGGGGUCGGCCGGGGGGCGCCUGGGGGACCCGGGCCGAGCAGCGGCGCGCAGGGCGGCAGCAUCCACUCGGGCUGCAUCGUCGCGGUGCACAACGUGCCGCUGAGCGUGCUCAUCCGGCCACUGCCGUCCGUGCUGGACCCGGCCAAGGUGCAGAGCCUCGUGGACACGAUCCGGGAGGAUCCAGACAGCGUCCCUCCUAUUGACGUCCUCUGGAUCAAAGGGGCCCAGGGUGGUGACUACUUCUACUCCUUUGGGGGCUGCCACCGCUAUGCGGCCUACCAGCAGCUGCAGCGAGAGACCAUCCCUGCCAAGCUUGUCCGGUCCACCCUCUCAGACCUCAGGGUGUACCUGGGUGCUUCAACACCAGACUUACAAUAGCAGCCUCCUUGGCGCCUCCCAACACUCCCAAGAGCCCGGAAGACACAACCUGGCCUCUAGGGCACCAGGCCAUGCAGGAAACGAUCGGGCUCAGGGGCA